AUGGCUUCUCCCAACGCAACCAUCGGCGCAACACUCUCCUCGGCUAUAUGGACGCUCUGGAGCACACCCAUGGUACCCCCCGAGCAGAAACACAUCAGCAACGCUGUGCCCUUGAAGGACAUGUCCCAGAGACAACAGUCUCAUUCUCGAGCUAGCUCGGUCUCCAGCGUGGUUAGCGCCGCCUCGAGCACAUCCGGCGCUGGCGCCACAUAUCCUCCAUCUGUUCCUCGUGCCGCAUAA